GCAUCAAGAAAAUGAAAGAUUCUUCCGUACUUUAGCUCAAAUAUAGCACUUGCAUUAUUUUGAACCAGAAUAAAAAGUAAGAAUUAGACGGAGUAGUGCUUGAAACACAAUUCCAAAAACAUCUGAAUCUAAUUAGAGAGCGCUUGAACAAAUAAAGCGUAUAUCAUCAGCAAAGGCGACGAAAACAUCAACAGUGUUAUAGCUGAAAACAAGUCUCUUAUGCAAUCUCUAGACUGGAAUUUUGUUGAAAGUUUUGUUUAAACAACGGUGCUUAUAUAUUAUGACAUCUCUCAAAAGUUAUAUAAGCAAGCGAACAAAUUUCAAGAUGGUUUUUUAUCGAUGAUUGUUUGGUAAAAUUUUGUAACGAAGAAUACUGUACUGGAGCUCAAGUGUUGAAAGUUUUUUUCGAUGCCAAAGAAGAAAUUUUCUAGUUGAUUUUGACAGAACUUUCAACACAGAUAUCUUUAAAAUGGCAAAUUCAGAAAUUUUGACUAGAGCACUAUGGAGAGCGGCUGAUGCAGUUUGCUUUGAUGUUGACUCCACUGUUUGUAUGGAUGAGGCAAUUGAUGAAUUAGCAAAAUUUGCAGGAAAAGAAAAAGAAGUUACAGAUUUAACCUUAAGAGCUAUGAGAGGUGGAAUGACAUUUCGAGAAGCUUUAGCCAAGCGUUUGGAUAUGAUUCAGCCAAGCAAUUCCAUGCUCAAUAACUAUCUAAGAUCUCAUCCCCCAAAACUGACGCCAGGAGUUGAGGAACUAAUUACAGAAUUACAUGAUCGAGGUGUUCCAGUAUACCUAGUGUCUGGUGGAUUUCGAGCAAUCAUUGAAAAUGUUGCAAAAUGUUUAGACAUCCCAUCAAAAAAUGUCUUUGCAAAUAGCCUGAAAUUCUAUUUUAAUGGAGAUUAUGCUGGUUUUGAGGAAAAUGAACCUACUUCUCAUCAAGAAGGAAAAGCAGAAGUCGUUGCUUAUUUAAAACAUAGGUUUGGGUAUCGAAGACUGGUCAUGGUUGGUGAUGGUGCAACAGAUUUGGCUGCAUGUCCCCCAGCUGAUGCUUUUAUUGGAUUUGGAGGAAAUCAAGUUCGUGAAAAAGUUAAACAAGGGUCAAAAUGGUUUGUCAUGAGUUUUCAUGAGUUGACUGCAGAGUUACGAAGGAAUUAAAUUUAAGUACAAGACAAUUACAAAUUUAUUUUUGGUGCUAAUAACAAAUGUAUAUAUUGUACAAAAGUAUUAAGAAACUAAGCAUUUAAAUGUAAUUGGUAUUUUCUUGAUUAUUUUUAUAAUGCAUAAUGAAGAAUAUGUGAUGAUAUUUUUGGAAAUCAUUGAUAGAAAAAUCAGAUUGUUAGUUGUUGUGUUUAGGUAAAACACAUACAAUUUUAUAAUGUCUCAGAAACUUAACUACAUAAUAAAGUUCAAUAUUCAAAUCUUCAAAAAAUUCUUCAAGUACUCGUUUGGCUUUAAAUAUCCUUGGAAAAAUUAAAUUCUUCCAAUUUUGCAUCGAAGAGAGCCCAGGUGCCUCCAUCUGGUGAGGAAACUGGGUGUCAAAAUUCUUGUGGUACCAGCAUCUGCCGCUAGUGGUACUACAUAAAAGAAUGGAUGUUAUAUAGGGGGAUCACAGUGUCUGCAAAAGACAAAGCCUCUAAUGCAGAAUCAUCAAAAAGAAAGAAUCUUCAAGUCAUAUUUUUCAUUCUUAAUUUGUUUAAUAGCUUUUAUGUAAAAUUUAUGGUUAAAAAAAUAGAAAAUCUUAUCACGUUUUUAGCGUUUUUUUGCCCAUCUCUCUAAAAGAUCUUUAUAUGAUGCUGCCAAGAACAGCUCAAAACCUAUUUCCUAAUAUAUUGUCACAUAAUACACACAUAAGAAGUAUUCUUGUUAGAAAUAUUCACAUGAAAAAGUUCACUUAAGAGUGGUUCUUAAGAACCUAAGGAAAGGUAGAUUUCUAUCUUAUACAGUACCCCGCUCUUGAACUAUAUAAAGAGGGAAGAGAAACCAAUAAGAACGUUGUUUUUAAGCCAUAUCACCAAUCCUAGUAUGUUAAUAUAUAUAUAUGUUAUAUAUAUAUUCAUCUUUAAGACACUAACUUGCUCCCUUUUAACUGUGAAAGAUUAUAUAUAUAGCUAAAGAUAAAAAACAUUCAUUUAUUAUUCUUUCUCAACAUUUAUCUCUGAAUGCCUAAAUUUUCCAGAAUACUCUUAGAUUUUUACUUUUAGUUGUAUUUAUAAAAGUUUUUAUGAAACUAAAAGCACAAUUAAAAAAAAAUGUAUUUUAAUGAAUGAUGACUUGAUCUGUUAUGUUGCAAGAAGUUUUUUUUUUUUAUAAUUGUGAAAAAAAUUUAAAUAAAUAAAUUUCUGAAAAGUAUCAUAUCUGCUAAGUAGAUUACUAUUCAGCUGCAUUUUUCAUUUUUAAUAACUUUAACUCAUGUUUCUAUGCAUAUACAUACAACAACUUUAUUUUCUAAUCUCUAAAUUAAUUUGUAACUUUUAUCGUGUUAAGGAGAAAAUCAUUGGGGGAAAAAAGCGCCAAAUAUUAUUUUCUACAAUUUCUAAGCUACCAAAUGUUUUUUAAGUAGAAAAUGGAAACUUGCUUCGUCAAUGAAAUUAGUUUGAGUUCUUUAUUGUUACAUAACUUAAUUUAGUAUUGUAUUGAGGAAAAUCUGUAUUAAAGUUGUAACUUUUAAUUUGUUUAGAUUUUUAAAUGAAGUUGUUCAGUGCAUUGUGUGUUUUCUUUUGAAAUUCUGUUUUAUGUAUAUUUUGUACACACUUACUGAACUUCAAUAAUUGGUUUAAGUUAUAGCUUCUAUUUUUUAUGUAAAUUAUACUACUGUGCAGUAUUUAUUACUUCUAUAGCAUUAAAAAAAAAUAAGUAAAUAAACUUCAAAUUGAAACGCUUUUUUUCUUUAAAAAUUGAAAGUUUUGUUGGAAUUUACUUUUUUUUUUUUUUGUGUUUGAGAGUUGUCUAAUCAUACUGAUGAAAAAUGUUUUUAAUAUAUUUCUAAAAAAUAAAAUAGAGCCAAAAUCUCUUACAUAAAGUUUAUAAAUUAGUGUUACUCAUGUACAAAAGAAUAUUAACUCUCUAUUUUGUAAACAGUUUACAUCACAAAUAUUUUAUAAAAGAUUCUUAUUUUUGCUGUUGCUUUAUAAAAAUCUUUUUAGGCAUGUUUUGUAGACUUGUUGCCAUGUUUUGAUGUAAAUUUACCUUUGUAUCACCAAAUAAAAUGUUAUUGUUAAACUCUUGAAA